AUGCGUGUCGCCACAGUCCUUAUGUCCGUCAGCGCCCUCGCGGGCUCCGGCCUUGCCGACAUUAUAUCCAUCCGAAAGGCCAUGUUCGAUGUCAUGGAGAAGGUGAAGGCUAUGGAUAAGGCCAUAGUCGCGUGGCCUGGUGACUUGGUCUCCGGGGGGGAUAUGGUAUGCAAGACGAUCGAGCUGCGCAAAUCACUCAAGGCCUGCUCUCGGGCCUUUGAGACUUCGAAACCCUUGAGAAAUAGGGAUUUGAGGCACAAACAAGCACUUCCAUUUGUACGACUUGCCGACGCCGUGUUCAAUCUCAAAGAUCAUGCGAUUGCCGCGAGGCCCAAGUUUGAUGGGGUCGGAGCUACGCCAACCAUAUUCGAAGUUCUAAAGGCACAGAAAGAUCCCGCCUCAGAACUUUCCAAGUCAAUGACGACAAUCUUCAAGAAACUCCCUCCUAGUUUCAGAGACACUGUCAUUCCCUUGCCAGGAAGUCAGACCAAGAUCAUUGACUUUGCCCGCACUUUUCUUGACAAAGAACUCGACGAUUUACUCAAGCAGUUCCAGCCUCGGCCGGAUCAGGUCUCGCCCUUAACUCCAUUCGUUUUGAUCGCGGUCAAGUUUAGCGAAUCGAUCGACGCGGGUCCAUUCUGUCAAGCUCUGCCCCAGCUCAUGAAUCUUCUCGCGGGCCAGGGGAGCUUGUCGCUUGGGGAGCUUACCGACAAGAUUCUCAAAAUCCUUGAAUCCUCGGGCGUCCAUGACCAGAUUCCGCUCGACAUUAUUCGCAAGAACGCAGAAGUGUUUGGCAUCUCCCCCGCAGUAAUCACCCAGGUGUUGAAGCGAUUUCGCAUCCGAGGACAGAGCGUGCCUCUCAGGACUUUCACCCGGCUAGCACCCAAGAUUCUCGGGAAAUUGAAUCUCCAAGAGCUAGUUGUGGAUCCCUCCAAGAUCAUUCAAUUCAUCAAUGUGUUCGCGCAAACUACAUUAGGGUCACAGGCUCCUCCUCCGCUUCAGACCCUGGGUGAACCUCUGUCGAAGGAUCGUCGUCGGCGGAAUCAUGCCGCGCAAAUCGCAAGAUAA